GUGGUUUAGCAGCAGAGCGGAGCACAGAGAGCCGGGAUCUUCAUGUUGUUGAGCGCAAAUGCGAAUUGCGGUUCGAGUCCGUCCGUCAUGACUUUCGAAUGACCACAGCAGCGGUCAGUUUGACGCCUGCAGAACACCGUGCAUGCAGCCUAAGUGACAGCGCCGAGGCUUUUGUCUUCGAGGGGAAUUUCCAAGUGCAGAAUAGGCGUCUGGAGCUUCUGAACCAGACCAACAUUUUUUUUGAGCCGGUUCAUAUUCAUCUACGACGCAGCGGCCAUCGCAGUGGCUAAAUGAAGAACUUGUGAACAUGCACGAGGGAAGGACUCUACCUCUCACAUUGGUUACUUCCCCAGAUGCUUUGGCCCAAAGAAAGAUGGAAAGGAAUGGGAAGAACUUGAGCCAAGGCUGCUGCACAGCACCCAUUCAGUGAGCCAACAGGAGAUCCUCCAUACGCCACGUCGCUGAGCCUCUCACCCUUUCCUUUUGACCCCUCGGCCUACAAGCGCCAUGACCUCUGAGCUGGAGAGUAGCCUGACCUCAAUGGACUGGCUCCCCCAGCUCAGCAUGAGGGCAGCCAUCCAGAAGGCAGAUGCGGGACACCACCACGGCCACCACCAUGGACACCACCACCACGGUCACCAUCACGGGCAUGGACCUGGCAAGAAAAUUGCCCAUCUGGACGCAGGAACAACACUGGACCAGGAGGAAGCUGCACAGCACAGAGACGGUAAACCUCCCUACAGCUACGCCAGCCUGAUCACCUUUGCAAUCAACGGCUCGCCACGCAAGCGCAUGACCCUCAGUGAGAUCUACCAGUGGAUCUGUGACAACUUUCCCUACUACCGUGAGGCGGGCAGCGGCUGGAAGAAUUCUAUACGACACAACCUGUCCUUGAACAAGUGUUUUCUCAAAGUGCCUCGCUCCAAAGACGACCCUGGAAAAGGUUCGUACUGGGCCAUAGACACCAAUCCUAAAGAAGACACAGUACCCAGCAGACCAAAGAAGAGACCACGCUCUGGAGAAAGGGCAUCAACUCCUUACAGCCUGGAGUCAGAGUCUCUGAGAAUGGACUGCAUUAUGUCAGGAGGGGCGUCCCCCACUCUGGCCAUCAAUGCUGUAACCAACAAGGUAGCACUGUAUAACCCCGAGGCAGAAGGCAGUGAGAGUCCUAGGAGUCUGGGCAGCCUGAGCAACAGUCUUUCAGAGCAGAGUUUGGCAUCCGUCAACCUUAACAACCUGAACACCGCCGUCAGCAGCGGCAGCAACGUACACAGCUACACACCAGGGAGUAGCCACUCAGAGCCUUCGUCCCAGUCCCUGAGCCUCCAGCAGCCCGCCCAGCCGCCGCCACCUCCCCCGCCACAGCCUCAGUACGGUUUGCCCGUCCCGGAGUCGCGGGACAAGCAGCUCUGUUUCUCGAACUUUGAGGACCUUAGCGCUUCUUUCCGCAGUCUUUACAAGUGCGUCUUUGAGCAGUCCUUCUCACAGCAAGGUUUGAUGGGUAUGCCCGGGGAUUCCAGCCAGCAGGCCCGGAACGCCUGCUCCUACCAGCACUCUCCUGGUGCGGGAAAUGGCGGCGGCCACCACCAUCAACACAACCACGGCCAGGCGUCGCACCACCCCCAUCACCCUCAGCAGCACCUCUCCCCUCACUCCGCCCACAGUCAGCACCAGGCGCACGGUCAGCAUGGCCAGCACCAACAGCACCCAGCUCAUUCCCAGCAGCACCCAUCUCUCUCCCUCCAGAAUCACACUGGACAGACCUGCCCCACAACAGACUGGUACCCAAACCUGGACUGGCUUAAGGAGAGCUGCCGCAUUGCUACCAGCUACAACUGGGCUGACGUAGACCUCUCCCCAUUUCAAGGUCUGAAGGAGAGCAUGAGGCAGGCUGAGCUCAACAACUGGUCGCUGGACGCCGCCCAGAUGGCCGACCUGUGUUCCUCCAUUAACCAGUUCUUUACCGCCACGGGGGUCAUCCCCCCGCAGGGCGCCGCCCACCCACAACCUCAGGUCCAACACCCGACGCCACCAGGAGCACCGCAGCACCCGGCUCAGCCGCACGGAGCGAUGCACCCAAAGGCCAGCCAGCACAAUCAGCACGGGCAACACAACCAAAAUAACCAACACAUCAGCACGGGGAACAUGUACAUAGACUCGAGACAGAGCAUUUCCUCUCUGAUGGGCCCACCGGGAUACCCUCACAUGCCUCCCAUGAGCAACACGGCUCCCACCAUGACAGGUGACUCCUCCAUCGCCCUCUUAACAGGUCAUCUCAGCCAGCUGAGCCAGCAACAGCAACAACACCGGCUGCCUCUGGGACACUUCCAGGUGAGACGCAUGCUCACUGCAGACGACAUCCAGGACGACUUUGACUGGGACUCCAUUGUCUAAACUGAGCCGUUGGUGGAACAGAGGGAUGAAGAGAGAGACUGGAGAUGAGAGAGAGAGAGAGAGAGACAUGUGAUGACAGGUGAUGUAUGGAACUAGCUGACCUCCUUUCACUUGUGUGAAAAAAACAGAAGACAAUCCAACAAGUGGAUGUUGAGUCUAAAGACAAUCAUAUUAAAUGAGACUUACAUUUGAUUGGACCAAGCCGAGAUGUAAACAUAUCGUCCAAAGCAAAAUGACGUCUGAAGCUCUCUAAAUGUUGUGUCCCCCAGUGCCAACAGGGUUACAAGUCGCCAAAAUGUUUGUCAAAUCGUCUGUGAAUUUCUAGUGAAUUUUUAGUUUUCUUUUGGUUUUCUUAAAUCUUUUGUGUUUCCUGCUACAACGUGUGUCCCUUGUCUGCAAAGUUCCAGCGCCUUUGCCUGAAAUGAAUAGAAAACCUUGUCUUCUCUAAACUUCCUGCAGAACAACAUCUUUUACACACAUUCAACAAACUAUUUCAUCCUUUUCCUCCUCAACAUCUUUGUUCACUCUAAUUCUGGGCAUCUGUGUGGCUGUGGCUUUUACCACUACAGUUAGAAGGAGGAUUUAUGAAGAAGAAAGUAAUGACAGUGUACCUGUUUAACUUGAAUCAGCAGUAGAUGUGUGAAGCACCACCUGCUGGUUAGAACAGGCACCAUCAUAGUUUCCUUUAAAGAAAAAUCAAAAAACAAAUGCACCACAAUCUGUUCUUUCUUUAUGUUUGUUCUGUCACAUUGGACAACAAUCCUAAACCUCUAUUUUAUCAUUUUAAAUGUUGUUAUUGUGUGUGUGGAACAGUCCAUGGUGCCAUGUUCUCAGGGCGUUACAUUCAUAUACCAUGCCAGACCAACACAAAGAUAUUUACAUCUCUGUACACGUACGUGCGGUCACUGUGUGUUGUUCGGUGCUGUCAGUGUACACUUCCUGUUGGCGGACAGUGAGCCUUGUGGUGACUGUGGUCAAAAUUUUAAAAUCUUCAUUUGUCAGCUUAUAAGCUAACUGAUAGAACAUACUAUGGAAUAAGCUUUUCAGUAGCUCAAAGCAACAGCCACCAAUUAAGAUUAAAAUGAGACGCUGGCUAGACUUGGACUUUGUCAACAAUAAUACAUACUUCUCUGAGAUAUAUUUCAAUUUUAUUUUCCAAUUUUGGGAAAGUGCAUAUCAAUUAUGACCAGGCAGAGAAGGUCGUCCGUGAUUUUAAGAUGCCUCAUUUAGAAGACGACGAGCAGUUUUUGCACAACACCAAACUUGAUAGCAUCUAGUGAAUGAGAGAAAUAAAAGAAAACCGUGAACAUUUUAUUUCUUUGUUUCAAAAGACAUUUCAAAAAGAUCUAUCAGCAAAGGAGCAAAGAAUAAACAAAGGUUUUAAAUGCUCAACUUUUCUUACUGUGAUGUUUAAAUUUGUCUGUGUGUACAAGUGUGUAUAGUCCUCUCUGAAUUCCUUUAGCAUUCAGCUCAAAAAAUACACAUAAGAAACAAGUAAUUUCUUUGUAUUAAGUGGGUACAAAGUGAAAUAUGGGACCUUAAAGUGCUCUUUCGUUUGGAAGAUCUCAGUGAUUGUUCGAAUGGUCUAAACAAGGUCUCAUUGUUAAAAAAAAAAAAAAAGAAAGACAGAAAAAUACUCAUUAUUGCCAUUAAAUGCUGUAUUACAGUGACCAGCAUAUAUAUCUUGUACGUGUGUGUGUUGUUGUCAAUGUAAAUAACGGUAUGUUACUCCUAUGUUUGCCCUUGAAAAACACAGACUGAAAAGAGAAAACAGCAAAUGGAGAGAAAGUAUUUUGUUAUUUGUCCUUCAGGAGACACAGUAUGUACAUAUUCAGUAUAUUGUAAAUAGUUGAUGAAAAAAAAAUUGGCAUUGGCGUUUUGUGUUUUAAAUAAUCUGUGUAUUGGCAGUUCAACAGUUAAAAUCUGUUUCAGUGUUUAUUAAAAUGUCAUUGACCAUUUUUACUGCACUUACCUCA